CCGAAUAUCCCUCGCUACCCUCCCCAUGUCCAUCCUCGUCAGUCCCCGCGCCUCUCGCGCACCGACCACAACCGAACCUCCAUCCUCCGCCUAUGCAUCAGGAGCCCAGUCUCCUACCGCCAACACCCCCAGCACUAAUACCUCCAGCGCUACCCGUCGGUCCGUCAAAGUCACCUUCGACGGCACCCGCGUCCUCACCUCGCCUGUCGAUGAUCCCGACCUGGACAUUGUAGACAACGCACGGAAUGAACAUGAGAGUAGUGGUGCUGCUGACGGAGGAGGUAAUGGUGGAGGACAAGUUGCAAGGCCUGUGAGACACACGACCCAGCAGGACCAGGAUAAAGCGGACGAAGCAGCACGGAAGAAAGCCAUGAAAGAUCUCGUCCAGAGCUGGAUGGACCGACUCCAACUCAUCUCCUUACUCACGACGUUCUUCGCAGGCAUGGAAGCCCAGCUCAUCAGCGCCUCCGCGCCCACCGGCGACGGCCCCGUCGACAAAAUCACACAAACAGCCAACGCAGCUAUCAUCGGCUCUCUCGUCGUCCAUAGCUACGCCGCGAUCGUAUCCUUCCUCGCGGCCUUCGCCCUCGUCCGGUACAAACUCAAAGAAGCAAAACGCGAAGAAGCCCAGACCGAAGUCUCUGCCUCCCAUCCCGAUCCCGACGCUGACGCCGACGCCCCUUCAGAAGGCGAAGUCGGCCCCGGUUUCCGAACCCGCCAACCUCCCACAGCCCUCCUCGAACGCGCCUACGUCCUCAGCAUCUUCAUGACCGCCGCCGGGUUCGUGCUCGCUAUCGUUGGCAUCGUGUGUUAUGCGUGGGCGAGUCAGCCGGGGAGUGUGGCUUGGGUGGCGACGGUGGGGUGUGCGGUUUGUGCGUUGGGGGCGGGGGGGAUUAUGAUUUGA